CGGCGGCGAUGGCGGCGGCGGAGGAGGCGCGGCUGUUGGCCUGGCUGCGCGGCCCGGCGGCCCCGGCGCUCGGCGGCCCCGAGCUCGCCGCUUACGUGGCCGAACUGGCGGCGCUGGGGCUGGCGGAGCUGGGCCGGGAGCCGGCGCGGUUGGCGGCGGAACGGGCGCGGGUCGGGGCGGAGACGCGGCGCUUGGCCUUCGAGCAUUACCGGGCUUUCAUCCGCUCCGCCGAGUGCACCGGCCGCGCCGGCCGCGGGUUCGGCGGCAUCGAGAGCCGCCUCGGCAGCUUGCUGGGCCGCCUGCCCGCGCUCCGGGAUGCCUGCCGGAACUUCAUGCGCGACGCCGAGGAGAUCGCCUGCAGCCGGCGCAUGAACAGCCUGACGCUGAACCGGCACACGGAGAUCCUGGAGAUCCUGGAGAUCCCGCAGCUGAUGGACACCUGCGUCCGCAAUGGCUACUACGAGGAGGCGCUGGAGCUGGCCGCCUACGUGCGCCGGCUGGAGAGGAAGCACAGCAACAUCCCCGUGAUCCAGGGCAUCGUGGCCGAGGUGCGCCAGUCCGCCCAGCUGAUGCUGAACCAGCUCAUCCAGCAGCUCCGCACCAACAUCCAGCUGCCGGCCUGCCUGCGGGUCAUCGGCUACCUGCGGCGCAUGGACGUCUUCACGGAGGCCGAGCUGCGCAUCAAGUUCCUGCAGGCGCGCGCCUGGCUGCGCUCCAUCCAGGCCGCCAUCCCCGACGACGACCCGUACUUCCACAUCACCAAGACCAUCGAGGCCUGCCGCGUCCACCUCUUCGACAUCGUCACCCAGUACCGCGCCAUCUUCUCCGACGAGGAGCCGCUCCUGCCGCCCGAGGGGCAGGCCCUCGACGAGGGGGCCAUCUUCCACGGCUGGGUGCUGCAGAAAGUCUCCGAGUUCCUGCGGACGCUGGAACGUGAUCUGCGGCGCGGGGUGGGCCGCUUGGACUCGCUGCUGGGGCAGUGCAUGUACUUCGGCCUCUCCUUCAGCAGGGUGGGGGCCGAUUUCCGCGGGCAGCUGGCCCCUCUCUUCCAGCACGUGGCCGCCGCCGCCUUCCAGCAGGCGGUGGAGGAAGCGGUGGAGAAGUUUCGGGAGGAGAUGAACUCCUACACGCUCAUCUCCGCCCCGGCCGUGCUGGGGGGCAGCGGGGGGGUGCCGGUACCCGACGCCCAGCCGGGAACGCUACAGCCGCCCAUGGUGCUGCUGGACUUCCCGCCCCUUGCCUGCUUCCUCAACGGCCUCCUCGUCGCCUUCAACGACCUGCGGCUCUGCUGCCCCGUCGCGCUGGCCCAGGACGUCACCGCCAGCCUGGAGGACGCGCUGGGCGAGGUGACCAAAACCAUCCUGGCCUUCCACCGCGCGGAGGAGGCGGCUUUCAGCGGGCGGGAGCAGGAGCUCUUUGCCCAGUUCUGCGCCGCUUUCCUGGAAGAUCUGCUGCCCUACCUGAACCGCUGCCUCCAGGUCCUCUUUCCCCCGGCACAGAUCGCGCAGGCGCUGGGCGUCCCCCCCACCCAACUGCCGCGCAACGGCCGCCUGGGCCGCAUCGAUGUGGUCGCCCUCAGGGAGCCGCUGGCUUUCCUCCUGCCGACGCCGGGCGAGGAAGAGCCAGCCCAGGAGAGCACCCUACGCCUGGAGGGGGAAGAAAUGGCCGUGCCUGUGCCCGGGGAGCCCCUGCCUGCACCGGGGCAGGAAAACCCCCCUGGGGGGACUCCGCUGCCCGACAUCCCGGCAGCCACGGGGUAGUGGGGCUGCGGCCGGGCUGUGUCACCCCCCGGUUCUUGGGAAUGAAGUAGCCCCUGGACCCUG